AGGCACUUGAUCAAGAUUGUUCAAUAUUAUAUGGUACCUCAGAGGGCGAUGACAUUCUCAGCUAAUGGGACUGAAAAAAAUUGGACUCCAGUAAAGGAAAACUUACUGUAGCCUCUGGCAGCCUAUUUUUAUACAUUACUGUAAAACGGCAGAUGUCAACAUGGAGAACUCUGAGGUUGAAAUCAAAGCACGCAAUCCAGUGCCAGUGCAGAUUACAGUGCUGAGGGGCAGGAACUUGAAAGUAAGUAAAAUAGACAAUCCAGUGUCCUAUAUCCGUGCUGAGUAUAAUAACAUCCAUCUUGGAGACUCAGGGAAAUUGCAGGUGACUGAAGGUGAAAUAGAGUACAAUUUCACAACCAACUUUGAUUGCUCAUUUGAUGGAAUUCAAGGAUUGGACAACCUGGUGCAUAAACCUGUAAUUUUAACAGUUAUUGAAGUUUUGCCCAAGGAAAAGAAAAAAAAAGAUGAGAAGACUGUUAUAUUGGGCCAAGCUACAGUGGACCUCCUGCCUUUGGUUCAAGGAGAAUGUACGUUUACAAAAACCAUUACAAUCCACCCUUUAGGCGGAGCUCCUUUAGAACAAACUAUAUCAGAUGAAAUUAAGGCUCUGCUGGAUGUUACUGUGUCUGUCCCAGAACCUUUACUUUCUGAAGCCCAAUUAGAAGGGUCUAAUUUGCUGAGGGUCACUGCAGAGUCUGCCUAUUCUGUUCCUGAGAGCUGGAACCCCACUGGACCACAAUUUAAUUAUAUAGUUGCACUAUCUCUGCCAGCAGCCACUCAGAAGGACCUUCAUGUGGUUUUUUCUAAUGGGAUUUUGAAAGUUGCAGGAGAAAAAGAGCCCAGUGUGAGACCAAAGAGAUGGCCAGUAGGCAACAUAGUUGCACCUGGGGCUCAGAAUAUUGCAGAUUCCUUCAUUGAGGUUUGUCCGUAUGAAGAUGAGGAUGGGGAAUUAAAUAGCAAAGAGGACCGGGCAUUUAGAACAGAGGCAGAAAAUGAUAAGAAGCGGGUCACAUGGAACACUGAGCGACGCUGCUUUAUGGAGCCUGAGGCUUUGUUGAGUUUACAGAAGCAUGUAGCAGAGACAAGUUGCUUACCUGUGGAGAUCAAGCGUGUGCCAUUAGCUCCACCGGCUAAAGGAGGGAAAAGCAGUAAAACGGAUAAGACAGAGGAGGAGGGACCUAUUUCUUUCCAUGGAGUAGUGUAUGUAAAUAUGGCACCUUUACUGUAUCCAGGUGUGAGCAGGAUUCGAGGAGCGUACCCAAUAGCUGCUUAUAAUGAGGCUGAAAUAUUUGAAAAGACAAAACAUAAGAAGAGCUUGACUCGGGAGACACCUGGAGGGAAGGGACAGUCGCAACAUUCUAAAGUGGGCAUUAAUAAGUCUAAGGAUGAAAAGGCAACAAAAGAAGCCUUGAAGAAGAGCUUAGUAAAUGUGAAGUCACUUAUCACAGAACAUGGAUUAGAACCUGAAGCUUCAAGUUCAGCUAACGUGGAAGGAGAUCAAUACGUAGAGGCAAGGACAUAUAUUGUUCUGGAGUUUAGUCUGACAAAACCUUUGGUGCAGAAGCGACUUCGGGAGGAUCUGGCUAAUAGGAUUGCAGAGAUGAUACCUCCCCGGCCGUUAUUCCCUCGUAGGACAAGUGGAGCAGAUAAGGCUGUCACAGACUACCAUAAUCAGAUAAUCAAUGUGGCUAGGAUCAUCAUGGAUGAAUACCAGGAAAUGUUUGGACAGAAACUACUUGAAGGCAAACUCUCGCAUGAAUACCAGGAUCAAGAGGAGCGUAAACAUAAACUUAUAUUUGAGCUGAACACCUCAGGAAAAUAUUUUGCCUUCAAGGAACAGCUAAAGUAUGCAGUUGUAAAAAUUGUGCGAGAGAAAUACUUGCAGACAGUGGCCUUUGAGGAUAGAGAACAGCUUCAGACAUUCCUUAAUGAGCUGUAUAUUUAUUUGGUUGAUCAGAUGCACUGCUGCCUACACAAGAUGUUGCAUGUGGAUCCUCCAGAUCCUAUUCCAGAAUCAUUUCUUGAUUCUGCUCAAUUAAAACACUUUGCUAAAGAAGCUGAAGCGAACAAGAACUUUGAACUUGCAAGUAAAUACCACCUAGAGCGAUUGACACGUGACAAGUCUAAUCCUGAACACUGGUUCGACUAUGGUACUUUCUAUCUCUUGUUAAAUGACUAUGUCAAAGCAGAAGAAUGCUUCCGUGAGGCUGUUGCAGUAGACCAAGAGCACAUAAACAGCCUUAUCUUGUGUGGUACUCUAGCAUGCAUGAACGAACACUAUGAAGAAGCAGAUAAUUUCUUUGAGAGUGCCAGAUGCUUCGAACCAAACAAUAUAUUAGCUUGGACAAUGCAUGGAUUAUUCUAUGAAAGUCAGGAUCAGACAAUUCUAGCAGAAAUGGCCUUUUCAGAGGCAAAAAAGCUUCAAAUGGCAACUGAAACACUGAAGAAGUCUCUGGAUGAAGUAAUCAUUGAUAAGGCAAAGGUAACCAAGGUUACAGAAACUGAACCUGAGGAAGAUAAAGAUCCACAAAAUGCCCCAGUUCAAAGUGAACCUGUAAUUCCUGACACCAUUAGUGCACAUUCUAUUACAACCCCUGAAGAGAUGGCUACUGACACAGUUCCAAAAUCUGAUUCUUCAAUCAGCCAUAAAAGGAAGUCUAUUGAUAAAGAAGCAAAAAAAUCUAUUGAUGCCAUCGACACUUCCUUAACAGCAAAGCAACAAGAAGAACCAAUACCCAUUCCAACGACUGAACAGCCACCAAAAGGGACUAUUCCUGAAUUUACAAGAAGUAUUUACAUGCAAACAGCAAGGUUUCUAUUGGAGGUUAAUGCAUUGCAGUUUGUAUCAAGAGCUUUGGCACAUGAGCUAAUUUGCAGUGAAAGUGGGUUAAGCUGUGAAUAUCACGUGGUUCUGGCUCGACUUCAUAUGCAGCAGGGGGAAUUGGGAAAAGCGGAGGAAUGUCUUGCAGAAGCAGGACGAAUCAAUCAUCAGAAUCCAGAUCUAUGGGCUUUACUGGGACAUUUAAGCUACAUGAAAGAAGACUAUACUAAAGCUAAGGAAUAUUAUGCACGCACACUGUGUUAUGUACAUGAUGCAUUUAACAUGCAUUCUAUUUGCUUGAGACUAGGAUCCAUUUACCUGCAGGAAGACGAGCCUCAGUCGUAUAAGUCAGCCAAAUCUGUCUACCUCUUUGCCUCUCAGAGAGCACCAUCCUGCUUGACUUGGCUAGGAGUUGGCAUUGCCUGCUAUAGGCUUAAUGAAUUGACAGAUGCUGAAGAUGCUCUCUGUGAAGCAAAUAUCCUGUGUAAUUCAAAUGCAGACAUCUGGGGCUAUCUCACAUUGGUGUGCCUAAAGACAGGGAGAAAAUUGGAAGCAGAGCAAACCUAUAAGUAUGCAUUAAAGUUAAACCUUGAAGAUAAACAGCUCCUUGAAGAGAUUCAUCAGCUACAACAAACACUUGGCUUUGGAAACCCUGCACUCUAAAUCUGUUGAAAUCCUUCAGACCUGCAUUAGCCCUGUAAUUCAGCACUGUAAUUCAGCACUAUUUGACAGCCAACUAUCUUUUUUGUACCAAUUACCUUUAUAAUACAAUUUAAAGAGUUAAGAUUUUGGUUAAUGUAAAGCCUAUCUUGGAUAUAUAUACUUAAGUGUAUCCCAAAAAAAUGAA